CGGCCGGGUUUUGGGAUGUUCGCUGACCGUGGGGCCCGGCUCUCCCUGCUCGGGGCCCGGCUCUCCCUGCUCAGGCCCCGGCCGCGCCAGCCCCCGCUCCGUUCCGGGGCCCCUCUCGACCCUUCUUCGCGGCGGCCGCACACGGGGUUAAACGGCUCGUCCGGCCCCGCUCCUCCUUCCUGCUUCCCGUCGCCCCGUUCUUUCGCUUUCACCUUAGCGGCGGGGGCCCCGGCCCCGGCCCGGCCGGCCAUGAACCUGAUUUUUGCCAUGGUGCUGGUCGCGCAGCUGGACGGUGCGGAGGGUGUGAAGUGUGGGCGGGGAGAGUACCCCGUAGGUGCCGAGUGCUGCCCCAUGUGUGGUGCCGGACUUCGGGUUUACAAGCAUUGCACUGCCAGUUCCAGCACGACAUGCAUACCGUGUGUUGCGGAUACAUACACAGAUCAUCCCAAUGGUUUAGAACGCUGCAUGGAUUGUAAACUGUGUGAUAAAGGAGCCAACCUAGUGCCAGAAGUAGCAUGUACCUAUACGAAGAAUACUGUGUGUGGCUGUCCCCCUGGGUACUUCUGCAGUUAUUUUGGGACUGAAGACUGCGAACUUUGUCAGCACUACACUGUCUGCUUUCCUGACAGUAUGGUAAAAGUAAAGGGUACAAAAACCACUGACAAUGUGUGUGAAGCCUGUCCUCCUGGAACCUUCUCAACAGCCAACAUGCCUUACAAUUGUACAUCACAGUCCACACGUCAGGAGGACGGGCUGGUACAAGGAGAGGGCAGGAAUACCCCCUCUGCUGCAGUAUUCGUUGUUCCUGUUCUUGUAGUAGCCCUGCUAGUUGCUACAGCCAGCCUUGCGUACAUCUGGCAAAGGAGGAGAAGGAAAAGCCGUGUGCCACCGGUGCAGGAAUCUGGGGGUGGACAGCAGGGUCAGGCUUUGAUACUAACCACGGACAGUCGGGACCAAACAACUGUUCCUGUGCAGGAAACCGGUGAUGAGCCAGAGGAAACCCGGUCUGAAUAGCCAUUUUUGUUUGAACUAUUGUGGACAAUGGAGAUUGUUUAAAAAAAAAAAAAAAGACAAAAAGGAAAAGACACCUUGAAAAUGAAAAGGAGGAUCUGCAAAGGAGCUAAGGAAAGAGCCAAGUGGCAUCUUCUGAAGCACGGAAGUUGGAAAUAGCUGAUUGAUCAAGGCGUUGGUCGGUAUCGUCAGGGGUUGCAAAGCUCGUUCCUUUUCCAUUGCCGCUUUAUGGAGCAGUGGCUCGUGUGGUAUGCCAGGAGCUUCUUUCUUACUUACCAGCUGGGACAGUUACCACCUGGUGUGCAUGCAACUAUUCCAACAUAUGUUUGUUAGUGGAAAAAAAUAGCUUUUUUUCAUUUUAAAAGAACUAAUACAUAACACAUUUUCUAAAGGCAUUUUGUACAAAUUUUUCCUUUUUAGAAGUAAAGAUCAGCAAGUUCCAACCCCCUGCCCUGGGCAGGGACACCUCCCACCAGCCCAGGUUGCUCCAAGCCCCGUCCAACCUGGCCUUGAACCCCUCCAGGGAUGGGGCAGCCACAGCUGCUCUGGGCAACCUGGGCCAGGGGCUCACCCCCCUCACAGCCAAGAAUUUCUUCCCCAGAUCUCAUCCAAAUCUCCCCUCUUUCAGUGUAAAACCGUUCCCCCUCGUCCCAUGGCUCCCCUCCCUGCUCCAGAGUCCCUCCCCAGCUUUCCUGGAGCCCCUUUAGGGACUGGCAGGGGCUGGAAGGUCUCCCCGGAGCCUUCUCUUCUCCAGGCUGAACCCCCCCAGCUCUCUCAGCCUUUCAUGAAUGACUUACACACUAUUAUGGUCUUUUGCUUGUCACCUCUGGUCUAACCUGUACUCAUGUGUUACAACACAAAAAAGUUAAGGUGACUGUGAUGUCAAGAAAUAAAAUUCUUACUAAUGAAAACACAUUCUCUCUGUAAAAGAACUUUGCUGUUACCUGAAGUGAAAUUGCCAAGUUGCUUGGCUGUUGGCAUUGUCUUGAGGAAAAGCAUUGUUCUUAAAGAGCAUCACGGUGGACCUAGGUUUUUGAGGAAGGAUUUGGUGAGGAUAGUAAUGCUUUAUUUAUGGGCUAAGCCUGAGGUGAAGAAUUGUUUAUAAAAUGAGAUGCGGAAGAAGACGGGGAGAGGCAUGGAGAAACCGCGCGAUGGGUGCAGGGGGAGGGCUGGGAGGAGGUGCCGGGGGGAUGGACUGAGCAGGUGCUGAGAUUCCCUCUGGUCGUGUUGCACAGGGCGCAGAGGGAACCGUUACUGGAACUGGAGAGGGGCUGACACGGGAGGUGUCUGUGCAUUUCCAUUCUGAAUGACCCUAAGGAAGAGCAGAGGAGUGGGAGGGAGACGGGAGAGCAGCUUACAGGAACGGACACCGGUUGCCUGUGUUUUUCCUUCGUUCACGCGGUCCCUCUGAAUCCAUGUUCACCCAGGCCAUGGAUCUGGAGACUGCUGCGCUUUGACCAGCAAACUCGCACGCCUCUUCCCCACAGGACUAUGAGGAACGGAGGAAAAUGGGAAAGGGUUGUCUUUUUGCUUAGGGAAAAUAUGACAGACAACCUCUUCAUUUUAUUUUUUUUUUUAAAGUAUGUCAUUCUGCUCAGCAGAAUUAGUUUUGUAUUUUUUUUGCAGAGUAAGGUGACAUUUCAGAAACUCAACUUUAUGUUUUGUAAGAAUGGCUACAGGUAGCUGUAUAAAAGUACAUCUCUGUUGUAAAAUCAAGCUGCAAGCAACACAAAGGUUUCGGAGAAUGCUUUAAAAUUCCUUUUUAAAUUUCUGCUGUGUACGUGCAGAUCUGUCCAUGGAGUUUAACCUUCUGUUAAACUUAUAAGAACAGAAAUGUUGUGACUUUCAGUGGUUUUUUAAAGGUCCUAAUAAAAGGCAUGUUUAUGAAAACCUUUACAUUGCAAUAAUUGGAGAAGGACAAACUCUACAAUUUCUUUUGCUGCUAGCUAUUUUUAUAUAAAAAAGGGUGCCCAUGCUAUUUACAAUCCCAACGUUAAAGUUCCAAAAGUCUCUGAAACUAAAAGAGAUAGAGCCUUUGUUGGUUCCUGUGUCUGCUGAGAGGCACAAAAAAAGAGGGAGCCCGGACUUUAUUGUGUUUUUAGAAUCUGCUUUUGACAGUCAAACGUGUGACAAGUCAGUGAGGCGUUUGUAACAUUCGGACAGAUCAGUGGCACCCAGCAAAGGCAUUACUGGUUUUUUUGGUUUUGCCAGUUUUGUGGCUGGUCUGAUAUGACUUACACGUGUGGGGUAAACACAAUUUAUUUUUUUUUCUGACCUUUUUCCUCUAGAUUAGUAGCUCGUUAAUGUUUCACAGGGUUUGAUGUUUUCCAGCAUGCGGCUGACUAGAAUUUGCUGAUUGUUAACCGCUGCUUCUUCCUCCGCUAUAAUUGUGUACGAAGGGUUACUGCCAGCGUUUAGUAAAAAGCUUUCUUGAGUGGUUUCAAGAUAAAACCAAACCCCCAAACGGAGAGAGUUCAGAGAACAGUGACGAGGAAACUUCAGCCUUCUCUGUGCUACCUGCAGCCGUGGGAAGUUGGAGACGGAUUUGUCGGCAGGUGGCAGCAUGGGAGAAGGAAAGGCUGCGGUUCCUCUUCCUCUGGAAAACACGAAAUCUGAAUCUUCCUUGUUUUCCGAAGUGGAGGAAAAGACGAUCUUGUACGGGGCUCUGCUCCUUUGAAAAGAACUAAAAAGUCAUCGCAACUCUACAGCUGCUGAGGAAGGUGUGAAGCUUCGGGUAGGAGCAGGUAUUGCUUGUAGCUGAAAUCGCUGUCCUGAUUUGAAGUGGGGAAACCAGUUGCAGCUUAAACUUCACCUGAUUGUGGGAUAAAUGAUAAUCAGUGUCUUGGGAGCACAGCACAUUGUCCCUGUAGCACCAAAACGGGCUCCCAAGGAUAGAAUGCUGGUAAAGCUGUGUUCUGUCACUGCCGUUGCUGUUCACAACCCGAGUACGUAGCUGCUGCCACCAGGAACAUGCAACAUAAUGGUCAGAUGCCAGAGAGCCCAGCAGCACGGCUGGCCGGUGGGAUGAGUGGUUGUGCCACGCGAUACUAACGGGCUGUGCUGGAAAACGUUACCUGGCAGACGGAAGGUUUUUGAAGUUCAGCCUGGUCAGGACCUGGAUCCUCCUGGAAAGGCGUUACCAUCCCUGCUCUGAACUUUGAAUUGGCACUUGCAUUAAACUGGGAUGGAAGGGAAGCCUACGGAUGGCACAGGUGUCAGAUGGAAACUGAAUGCCACGUGGUGAACUCGGUGCACAGGAACAGACCCUGCUUAACGAGCCACAGCCUUCAUUUCAAAGUCCUCUGCAUUUCUCCCUGUAGAUGUUCACGUACUGAUAGGUGACGGUCCGAGAAACUCCGCUGCUGCCCCUGUCCUCAGCUUGAAUUGUUUCUCACUGAUGGUAGCAGCACAUCUCCUCUUCUGCGGCCCUUGUGCCGUAUGAUUAUGGAAAAGUGACGUGGUGGUCAAUAGGGAGUGCCAGUUCCUAGUUGUUUCGAGCCCAGCUCUUACUCUGUUGUUGUCUGCUGGAGGCUGGUGGCAGGAGUGCGAUGGAGGGGGCUGUCCCCGGAGCGGGGAGGUGGAUGCAGCAGGGGUGAAACAGAAGGACACGGGUGGGACUGUAACGGGAGGCUGCAGCUUAUGCACUCGGGCUGCGCUGGCACAGGCACAGAGCGACAGAUGGAAAGAGUCUUCCGCAGGUGGGAGGCGUAAUAAACUUACAUGAAAAAAUAAAGUAACUUCCAUGUGCUGUUAUAAGAACUUGGAAUAAAACCUCCCAGGCACGUUUUAAUUAUCCCUUUAGCAGUUGCAUAUGCCAGAACUUCUAAUGGCACAUCUCUGGAGCUUAAUGAUUCAGCGGAGUAAUUAAAUUGUCAGCCAUGUGAACCUCCUCCACCUGACCUCUGCACGCCUGCGUGCAGUUUCCCCUGCUUGGCAUAUAUAUUCCGUUGUCACUUGCCCGAGUUCCCUCACGGCAGCAGUGGCUGCCAGGCAAUCCAGUAUCAGGCAGUUUCGUAGUCCCUCGCAAAGCAUAAAAUAAUGCAAUUCUCAAGGCCGGAACCGUGCUAUGAAUACGGUAACAAAGAACAAUAACUUGUAUUUUUAGAGAAGGAUUAUAUGCAAAUCUGACCUCGGACUAUUUCUGAGCUCUGCAGAGUACAUGCUGAGUUAAUAUUACUGCAAUAUUUGUAGUAUAUUUCUAGCUGUUCUAGCCCAACUAAAACAGUUACUAGCACUGCGUUACCGGUCACAACUUCGGUUGACUCUUCUUCCGUAAUGUCACGUGUUUGUUCUUGUGCUUAACUCUGACCUGUCUCGCGAGCAAGGGACCUUUCCAGCAUGUUGGGAACGUACCGAGCUGUAGACCCUGCUCCCCAGCCGUAAUUACUUCUGUAUUUCUUACAGUGCAACGAAGAGGCCUACAUCUGAUGAUAACAAAACCCAGGAGCGUGAAGUAGUUAAGCAGAAAUGGAGGCGCAAGGACAGUCUUUGUUCUGUUACUCCCUGUUUGCAGCGAACUUGCCUUUUGGCAUUAACGGCCUCGUGCGAUAGCUGCGCCACUGCAAAUAUGAGAGUGUGUUAUAUGGAAGAGAUGCUGUGCCAGAUUCUGUCCUUGAAUUUGUGACAAUGUUCAUAUUGGCAAUCAAUAGUUUGUAUUUAUUUCUAUUUUUUCCCUUUAGAUAUUGUCUCUUGUAUUUUACAUUAAAAAGUUACUC